CCUGUAGAACGAAUAAAUGACUAGGUGAGGUCCAGUUGAAAUUAUUUUUAUAUAGGUCCCUGGAAAACCAGUACCACUGGUGUUUUUUAAAUCCACUCUAAGUACUGGAUUUAAUAAACCAAUACUUCCCUUGUGCCUAUCGUGAUAUGUGCCAGUACUUAAACCCGUUUUUCCAUCUGUUCCACGCAGACGGGGUAGGUACAGACAGCGCCCUUUCCUACCCCUUGCUUUUGUAAAACUGAAGAAACGGAAUCGGACUCAGAGAGCUUUAUUGGCCAAGAACACAGACACGGCCACCUGCAGAGGCAAACGUGUGAACUGGUUGUAACGUGGAGCUGGUUGUAACCUGCACAGGGCACUGUCUCCCAAGCGCUCCGCUUUGCGCUGGUGGGAGGAACACAGUGUGGUUGUAAAGGCUACUUUCUCUGGGAGUCUCCUCUGUCAAAUGGGGGGCGGGGGGGAAUUCUGGUUCCCAAGAUUACACGGGAUAACGUACCUGACACUGGGAAUUGGGAGCUGGAGGUGCUCAGAUCCUAGGCCAACGUCUAAGGGAGAGGCCACUGAAAUACCUGGUGCCCACUCUGGGCGACGCCCAGCUUGCUUGAGUCCAAGGGAGGACAGGGAAAGUGCCUCCAUUCUCGGCAGCCCCUGAAUCUGGUAGGAUUCCUAACCCUGUCCCGCCGCCCACCCCAUUCAGGUGGCGGCCAGCAGAGGGCGCCGCCCGAGCAUGGCCGAGGAGCGCCGAGGAUCCUGGUUCGGCUUCGGUUUCUGCGGCUUCGGGCAGGCGCUGGGCUCGGGGCGCGGGCGCCAGGUGCACAGCCCCGAGCCGCUGCAGACCCCGGGCGAGGGCGAGGGCGCGGACGUCUGCCGCGUGAGCGCGAGCUGGAGCUACACCGCCUUCGUGACCCGUGGAGGCCGGCUGGAGCUGUCGGGCUCCGCGGGCUGCGCGGCGGGCGGCUGCAGGGACGCGUGGGCCUCGGAGGCGCUCCUCGUGGUGCUGCGCGCCGGGCCGGGACGCGGGUCCGGGACGGAGCUGCAGGCCUGGGCGCCGGGUUCGGCGCUGAGCGGAGAGCCCCUGUGGGCCCACACCGUGGGGCCGGAGGCCGAGGGGGAAGACGCACCGGGCGGUGAGCCCCAGGCCGGGGCCCUGCCCCUGUUGCCCGGCGGGCGGGCCUACGUGAGUCCGCGGCCGCCCUUCUACAGCCCUCUGGCCCCCGAGCUGCGGGCGCGCCGGCUGGAGCUGGGCGCCGAGCACGCGUUGCUGCUGGACGAGGCGGGCCAGGUGUUCUCCUGGGGCCAGGGCCGGCAUGGACAGCUGGGCCACGGGACUCUGGAGGCCGAGCUGGAGCCGAGGCCGCUGGAGGCGCUGCAGGGCGUACCCAUGGCUGAGGUGGCUGCAGGGGGCUGGCACUCCGUGUGUGUGAGUGAGACUGGCGAUAUUUAUAUCUGGGGCUGGAACGAAUCCGGGCAGCUGGCCCUGCCCAGCAGGAGCCUGGCAGAGGUUGGCAAGACCGCCGCAGGGGAAGCCAGUGGACUGAAGGAAGACGGUUGUGACGUGAGGACAGCCGAGGAUGCAGUCAAGGCCAGCUGUGGAUCCCGGCACACAGCAGUGGUGACCAGAACGGGGGAGCUCUACACCUGGGGCUGGGGUAAAUACGGACAGCUUGGCCACAAGGACACGAGCAGCUUGGAUCGGCCCCGUCGAGUGGAGUAUUUUGUAGACAGGCGGCUCCAGUCUUUUCUGUUUUCCACAGACCAAAGCAACCAAAAAGUGAUUUGGCCGGGGAGAAAAAAAAACCAAUAUAUCUUUUUGAAAGGUAAGUAUACACAUUUUAAUUUAUUUUUAAGAAUAUAUUUAUAUUUUAAAAACAGGACAUGUAUACGUCUAAGCAGCAUGGCGGACACAGACCAAAUCCAUGCUGGUGAGUUUUGAGAACCAUUGAACGUGCUGACAGAGGCAGACAAGGUAAGAAUAAAUAGUGCUUUGGGGAGAGCAGUAGUGAUCAGUAGGGUAGGUAAAGACGUGGACGCUGGAGCAGAAACAACUCCCCAAUACCGAUUUGUGCAAAGUUCCAGAUCUCCACAACAGAAACGGCCCAACCCAUCCAAACAGCCUCCCAACUCGGCAACUGCCGGGGUAGAUGAACUCGGACCUAGCGGGCAGAGGGAUGGGGGGACUCGACCCAGAGGAAAACUGCAGAAACAGAGUUCAGACAGGCAUGUGUUCACACACACGUCCCCACAAAGGGCAUUGCACAAUAACAGAACUGUACACAGUUUAACAAAGGAGCUCCCAGCCUCCCUGUCACCUCUUUGGCAGUAGGUCAGGCCAUCUCCACUUCUGACACACACACAUCCUCAGCAGGAGGAAGGCUGUCCUGUGUGGCGGAGACAGAUCUUUAGGUGAGCGCAAAGCUACUGUAGCCAGAGCGUUAACUCAGCGUCCCUCGACAAAAAAGAUGUUAAUUACUAGUGACAGCCCACGAGCCAGUAUUGCUUCAGGUCCCUACCCCAAGGACCGGCACACUCCUUUUCCCACACCGUGGUGAAAUACGACACGCCCUUGCUCGUGCGUCAGCAAGCAGAAUUACGGGGUAGAGAAAAAUUAGGUUCCAUGUGCUAAAAUUUGCACUUACUGCUAUGAACUAAGUUUUAAUGUAUUUCUUGGGUCAAAACAAAAUCAAGUCUUUGAAGACCCACUAAGCCUAUGAUGGACUUUGUGACCCUCAUUCACUUCUGUAAGUUAGGCCCGUGGUAGUGGAACCUGUCCGGAUUCUCAAGCACACCUAAACUCAAGAAAAAUGAAAGCCACAUAGAUAAUUAGGUCUAGUCUAGGCACAGGAAGCCACAGCUGGCUGACCGCUCAGGGCCUCUCAGGACUGGAUGUUGGUCGAAUUGAGGAUUCGAGAAGUAGCAUCAGAUUUGGAAGCCUUUGAAAGUUCUCGCUGUUGAAAAAUAAAUAAUGUCAGUGGCAGUACUGUCCCUCCUCUGCAUGCCCCGCCCUUGUAAGCAUGGGUAAAUGUCAGCACAAGGUCCCCUGAGGGCUGUUUCUCUGAGACAGAGGUCCCUCUCCAGCACAGGUUGUUAGGAACACAAGAUGAGAGGCUCUGAGCCCCGUUCUAUUAGUCAGAGAUUAAGCGUGUGCACACGUAUGCCCGGGACCUCGUCCUUAGCCAGUUCGUUCUGUUACAACCUCACAGAAUAGCAGUCCCUCAAGUUUCACAAAGUACUCUAUUGAGUUGUCAAGCUAGGCAGGCAACAACCUUUGGUCUUUUGAGCCCUGAAUAAAGCAAGGGGCCAGACCUUUAUCUACCAAUCCCUGGGGCUGAGGGCCUUGUAACCUGCUGGUGAUAUGAUCUCAUGCUGGAGCACAUGGAAAAGAAGAUAAAGCACGAAUACCACUGAGAAAGAGGUUAGUAAAGGUUAGUCUACCGGCUUUGGUGCCGCCUGGUGGAGUCUGUUACCAGCCAAAGCAGCCAAAACCAGAUUAGAGAUAAGCAGGGUACAUUUAAGCCCCACGGGGAUGAUACGGGGCUUGGCUAAACAAGCAAGGAAGAGAAAGUUGGACCCUCUGUCCAGCAAUCAGCUAGCCAGAGCAACGUACACUUCUAUAUAUAAAACCAUACCAGUCAUUUAAUUUGAAACAAGUGCCAUAAUAUGAAACUGUUUCAAUGCUCAAAACAAGCUCUUGCCUUGGGCAACUGCCCCGUUCUGUCACUGCAGCAGUGAGAGCGGGCACCAUGGCUUUAACGCCGUAUCCCCUCACCCACGGUGAGGAACAGCCUCGCUUCCCAGCAGGAAGAUACGGAGGGCAGAGAGAACGCACACUGGUAAGUAAAGGGCACUGCAGCUAAGUGUUAGUAAACACGGAGUAGGUUACUAGGAACUAAAGAGCAUCUGGAAAAAUCUCCCAAUGCCACACAUAUGCUUUAGCAGCUUAAUGAGGUAGAAACAGGCAGAGGCAAGGAAAUGAACACUGGCUAGCUCACAGAAGACAGAAAGUUGGCAAUUCAGCCCUAAGGGGUUAGUAAGUCAUAUACUCCAGGAAACAAUCAGCACACAGGCCAAGAACCUCAUGAUGGGCAGCACACAGCUGGGGCUCCCCUCCCCACGUGAUGGGGCCUCUAUUCUUUCCGGCACAUUGGAGGCCUCUGAUGUCACAACUGGGGAGGGUGAAGGUCUUCUGUUGUGAAAGACAGGAUUAAAAAAAAAAACAACUUUGCCUGACUUUAGGUAGGGCUGAGAA